AUGGCUGCUCUAUCCGCGUGUCCGAAUAAUAGUAUUGUACAAUACUAUAUUCAAAUAAAACAAGGAACCUAUGAAGAAUAUGUCCAAAUCGACUCAUGGAAAACGAACAUCGUUUUCAUCGGAGAAGGAAUGGACAAAACAAUAAUAUCGGGAAAUAAGAGUUAUGGAGGUGGAAUAGGGACAUACUACACUGCUACUGUGGGAGUGGAUGGAGUAGGCUUUAUGGCGCAAGACAUUGCUUUUCGAAACACGGCAGGACCUACGAACUAUCAAGCAGUAGCUUUAAGGGCAUCUGCCGAGUCCAUCACCUUUUACAGGUGUCUAUUUGAUGGUUUUCAAGACACCAUAUAUGCACACCAUGGCAAGCAGUUCUAUAGAGAAUGUACAAUUUUGGGCACAAUAGACUUUAUUUGCGGUGACGCAAUUGCGGUGUUCCAAAGUUGUUUAAUUGAAGUAUGUAAGCCAUUGAAUGGUCAAUACAUCGUCAUCACAGCACAACAGAGAAAUGACGAUGGAGCAUCAGGAUUCGUAUUACAGAAUUGCACGUUGACAUUAGCAACUCCAAAUGCAGGGGAUAAUGUAGCUAUGUAUUUAGGUCGGCCGUGGGGAAAUUUUUCACGUAUCGUGAUUAUGCAGAGUUGCAUAGAUAUGUUCGUAAAUCCAAGAGGGUGGAUAGAAUUUGAAAAUAUGCCUAGAGUUCAGCCAUAUUAUUUAGAAUAUCAGAAUAAAGGAGUCGGUGCAGAUUUAAAGAGGCGUGUGAAGUGGGCAUCAACUACUAAUGAUCCCAGAAUCGUAUCAAAUUUCACAGUUAGAAAUUUCAUAAACGGUGACAAAUGGAUUCCCUCCACAGUCCCACAUUACUUAGAUCUCUUAUAG